AUGGGGUCGAAGACAGAAGAAAUCGGUUGUCAGGGGAGCACAAAGUAUUAUACCAAGCCAAGCACACACACGCACACACACACGUCCAAGCCAUGCUCCUCAGAAGCCAAGUUUUUGCUCCGUAAACAUUGA